CUUCAACUCCAUAUACAACCCACUACAACUCACUACUACCAAUCAACUUCAUACGAUAAACAAAAUGGUCGCUCAAGCUCUUUGGCACCUCGAACUCGCCGGUGGGGCCGAAGUCCCCAUGCUCGUCCGCAACGACUUUGUCAUCACCAACGCCUCUCUCACCGACGAGGUCGCCGAUGUCAACGCCCGAUCGGUCGUCAAGGUCGCUUUCGAGCCCAAGAACCCCGCCGAGCUCAACGGAGAUGAUGAGGACGACGAGGACAUGUCGGAUGAGGAUGAGGAUGAGGACGACUUGGAAGGUCUCACGCCUGAGGAUUUGGAGAGCGAGGAUGAGGACGACGAGGCCGUCAAAGAGUUCAAGCAGGAGAUGAGGGCCAAGAUCUCUGCUGCCAUCAACGGUGACAAGAGCAAGAGCAAGGUCAAGUCGAACGAAGUUAGCGCUUCUGCUAUUGCCACCGAGGAGGACGAUGACGAUGAGGACGAAGAUGACGAGGACGAGGACGACGAGGAUUUCUCGUUGAGCGAAGAGCCGGUCGAUAUCGCACUCUGCGCCUUGACCCCGGGCAAGAUCGAGCAGGUCCAGCUCAACUUGGUUUUCAACGAGGAAGACGUCGUCGUCUUCAAAAACACCGGAAAGAACACCAUCCACCUCCUCGGAAACUAUAUCGACCAAUACCCCCUCCCUACCGGUGAGAGGGACGACUAUGACGACCUCUCCGAUUCCGAGUACGAUUCCGAGGGUUACCCCCUGGGCGACUCUGAUGACGAGGAGGACUUGAUGGAGGAUCUCGAGGACAGUGAUGUCGACAUGGCUGAUCUGGAAAAGGUUGUUGGGAGGAAGAACGGAUCAAAGGGGGAUUCUGGCCGAUUCGAGGAGAUCACCGAAGCUCCCAAGAAGAAGGAGACCAAAAAGAUCGCCGCCACCCCCGUCGUAGCUACCCCAGAGACCAAGAAACGCAAAGCCGAAGAACCCUUAGUAGCCUCUGCCGAAAAGCCUGGUAGUAAGAAGGCUGAGAAGAAGCAAAAGGUCGAGGCCGCCCCCACUUCUACUGUUGCCGCCGCCGAGAAGAAGGACAACAAGAAGCCCGUUGUCGCUGAAAAGAAGAACUCCAAGGACGAGAAGCCUGAACAGCAGGGGAGCAAGAAGAAGACUCUGCCUAGCGGGUUGGUCAUCGAGGACGUCAAGAUCGGGGAUGGAGCUAUCGCCAAGAAGGGCAAGCGAUGUGGUAUGAGGUACAUCGGCAAGCUCCUCAACGGCAAGCAGUUUGACGCCAACACUGCCGGUGCGCCGUUCAACUUCCGAUUGGGCGCUGGAGAGGUCAUCAAGGGUUGGGACCAGGGAGUCGCUGGGAUGGCCGUCGGUGGAGAACGAAAGUUGACCAUCCCCGCCGCCCUGGCUUAUGGAUCGCAAAAGAUCCCCGGGAUCCCCCCCAACUCGACCUUGAGCUUUGACAUCAAGUUGGUCAACGUCAAGUAGACGCCAACCACCCCGCAUUCCCACACAUAACCCCUUGUGCACUAGAUCUCGUUCUUGCCAUCGAAAAAAGAGUCUUGUUUUCGGUUAUAACACUUGUUUAUAUUAUUGAUAGAGAGAGGGAAUGACCACCCUCUCUUCUUGCUUGUCAUGUAUGUGCAUCGUAUAGCAUGUUCAUGCGAUGCUGGUGUGAUGCACGUGAUGUCUGACUUGAUGUCGUGAG